CAUACGAAGUGACGCCAUCAUUUGUGUUGCUGGAAGAAUACUAGUAGAGAAGGAAGGUAGUUAACUACUUGGAUGCGAGCAGAGAAGAGGAGGACAUUGGAGGUUUCGACGUUUGCAAAAAAUGUUGGAUGCCAACCGCCGUUAAAUCUCAUCAAAGAAGGUAUCGACGUCAUUACAGGUGCCUGCAGAGUUCUCGAAUCUUCGUCUUCCUCAUAGAUUCCAGGCAUGGCUGAAGCCCACCAGGCCGUGGCCUUCCAGUUCACGGUGACUCCGGAAGGCAUCGACCUGCAGCUGUCCCACCAGGCCCUCACGGAGAUCUACCUCUCAGGCCUGCGCUCCUGGAAAAAGAAGUUAAUCCGCCUCAAGUAUGUCAUUAUAACCGGGGUGUACCCGGCCAGUCCCUCCUCCUGGCUGUUUGUGGUCAUCGCCAUCCUGGCCACCAUGUACAUGCGCUCCGACCCCUCCAUGGGUCUCAUCGCCAAGAUCCAGGAGCACCUCCCUCCCAGUCAGUCUCUGAGUGCCCAGUGUCAGACGUUGGUGUCGGCGGUGCUGUUCAGCACGCUCCUCUGGUUCUCCCUCAUCUUCACCAUGCGCAUGUGCCUCAAGCAGCUGCUCUCCUACCACCGCUGGAUGUUCGAGCAGCGCGGCAAGAUGUCCAACACCACCAAAGUCUGGGUGGCGCUGGUGCGGAUCUUCUCGGGCAGACAGCCUCUCCUCUACAGCUACCAGGGCUCUCUACCAAACCAGCCCGUGCCGGCCGUCAAAGACACGGUCAAGAGGUAUCUGGAGUCGGUGCGGCCGCUGAUGACCCCUGAUGAGUUUGAACGCAUGACGUCGCUGGCCACUCAGUUUGAGAGCAGCCUGGGGAACCGGCUACAGUGGUACCUCAAACUCAAGGCUCUCUGGGCUUCCAACUACGUGAGCGACUGGUGGGAGGAGUACAUCUACCUGAGAGGACGGAGCCCUAUCAUGGUCAACAGCAACUACUACGGCAUGGACUUCUUGUAUGUGACGCCCACCCCCAUCCAGGCUGCCAGAGCAGGCAACACCCUUCAUGCCUUCCUCAUGUACCGCAGGAAGCUCAACAGAGAGGAGCUCAAGCCUAGUCGUGUUCCAGGCACUGUCAUUCCUCUGUGUGCAGCUCAGUGUGAGAGGAUGUUCAACACCACACGCACUCCUGGAGAGGAGACCGACACGGUGCAGCACUGGCAGGACAGUGACUAUGUGGCGGUGUACCACCGGGGGCGCUACUUCCGUCUGAGGAUGUACUCGUCUAGCCGGCCGCUGUCACCGCGCGAGAUCGAGUCGCAGCUCCAGAGGAUCCUGGAUGACCCGUCGCCCCCCUCCCCUGGAGAGGAGAAGCUCGGGGCCCUGACGGCUGGAGACAGAAUUCCCUGGGCCAAGGCCAGGAAGGAAUACUUCAGCUUGGGCGUGAACAAGCGGUCACUCGACUGCAUCGAGAAAGCAGCGUUCUUUGUGACCUUGGACGAUGACGAGCAAGGCAUGAUGGGAGAAGACCCAGCUGCUAGUCUGGACCGUUACGCCAAGUCCCUGCUCCACGGGAAGUGUUACGACAGGUGGUUUGACAAGUCUUUCUCCGUUGUGAUCUAUAAAAACGGGAAGAUCGGUCUGAACGCUGAGCACUCAUGGGCCGAUGCACCGGUGGUAGCACACUUAUGGGAGUAUGUGUUGGCCACAGACAGUUUCCAGCUGGGGUACAAUGAAGAGGGCCAUUGUAAGGGAGAGGUGGAUGCCUCUCUGCCCCGACCUCAGAGACUGAGCUGGGACAUCACCCCAGAGUGUCAGGAGCAGAUCUCCCAGUCUCUGGCGGUGGCCCAGGCCCUGGCCGACGACGUGGACUUCCACGUCUUCUCUUUCCGGGACUUUGGCAAGGGCAAGAUCAAGAAGUGCCGCGUCAGUCCUGACGCCUACAUCCAGCUGGCCCUUCAGCUGGCCUACUACAGGGACAGGGGCGUGUUCUGUCUGACCUACGAGGCCUCCAUGACCCGUCUGUUUAGGGAGGGCCGGACCGAGACUGUGCGCUCCUGCUCCAAUGAAAGCUGUGCCUUCAUCAAAGCCCUGGAGGGAGGAGAGGGGGUCGAGGUGUGCAGGAGGCUUCUCCGCCAAGCCUCAGAGAAGCACCAGAACCUGUACAAACAUGCCAUGACCGGCGCCGGCAUCGACAGGCACCUCUUCUGUCUCUACGUGGUCUCCAAAUACCUUGGCGUGGACUCUCCCUUCCUGAAAGAGGUGCUGUCCGAGCCAUGGCAUCUCUCCACCAGUCAGACUCCUGUCCARCAGUUGGAGCUGUUUGACAUGGUCAACCACCCAGAGUACAUCUCCUGUGGCGGAGGCUUUGGCCCGGUGGCAGACGAUGGUUACGGGGUGUCCUACACCAUCAUGGGAGAGAACAUGAUGAACUUUCACAUCUCCUGCAAGCACUCCUGCCCACAGACUAGUUCCCACAAGUAUGGAGGUCAGAUCAGGCAAGCCCUGCUGGACAUGCUUCAGCUGCUCUGCCCAGACCAAAGAGAACCCUCUAGAACAGACCAGAGCCAGACCAAGAAGGACCUGUAGAUCUGGAGAGGAGAAUCAGAACCAAGGGUGGAGAGGGUAAAAGGGGGGGGGGGGGGGGGGGGAGGAGAAGAAGAAGAGAAGGUGGUUGUGAUAAUUUGAUGGUGAGUGUCGGAAGAACGUUGGAAUGAUGUCAAUGAGCGUUAUAGGGUGACACGACUGCCGUUUUUAGUGUGUGGUUUAAGGUGGUUGUGAUAAUUUGAUGGUGAGUGUCGGAAGAACGUUGGAAUGAUGUCAAUGAGCGUUAUAGGGUGACACGACUGCCGUUUUUAGUGUGUGGUUUAAGGUGGAUGGGUUAGGUGAUUGACGGAUCAGUAUCUAUGAUAAAAACUAAUUGGAUGAAAACCUAACUUUUUUUUUUGAACAUGAAUUUAUAAAAUAGUGAAGGAGGGAUAUGGAUAUAUAGUUAAAUCCUUAAACCUUUUGUAUUUGCGACUGUAUGAUUUCUGGUCUAACUUUACAAUAAGUGUCCCUAAUAGUGUAGUACAUACAAAAACAGUGUAAUAAAUGACUGUAGGUACACAUGGUUAGUGACGUAUCUCAAUUUAAAGUAUUUACAAGUAUCUCAAAAAUAAUUUGCAUGAGAGAUUUAGCCACAAUUUAUUUGAGUUUGUGUAAUUACAAAUAUUACGAUUUUUAAACAACUGCAAACAGGCCUGACUUUUGGAAGUACUCUGGAACAAUACAGUACAUAGGCCUSCACUGUAAUAACAUUGUACCUGCCUAUGUAACUACCAUAGGUAGUCAUUAGAGACACUUAUUGUAAAGUGGGACUUAAACUUCUAAAGCAUUAAUAAUGUUUUACUUGAAUGCAGUGCCCGAACCUUGACCGUUACUUUGGAACACAAAUUAGAACCACAUUGACCAAAUUAUAAGGCCCAAUGUUUUGCGCAAUCAUGUGUCAUAGCAAGAUUUGAACCUGUAUUUUAAGCCUUAUCCAGAAAUGAGAAUUGCACCAAAAAUGAAAGCUAUUGUYUGARGAUGGUGCUGGAUCAUCUGACAUAAAAGGAAAAAGUGACAGUUUGAUGUUAAAGCUUUAAAUAAAAGGCUAAAAAAUCCAAGCAUGCCACGUUUUUGCAAAACACAGGGCCCUACAAAUAACAUCUCAUUAUGACGCGACUAUGGUCCAUUGUAAAAAAUUAUAAUACAAAACAAAAAUCUGCAUUCUAAGAUUGAGGUAACUAUUCGUGAAGUGUAUCUCACUAAGAUGUGCAAUGUAUCAUUUUAAUUGCAGUAUUCUGUUUCCUAGUACACAGUGCAAAGUUCACUUUGGAUUUGUUUUUUCUGCUCCAAUUGGUUCAAAAGGCACAACAAUGCAAAUAAAAUGGAAUUUGUUUUCUACAAUUUUACUCAUCCAUGUUGAUGGUAGAGGUUUUCUCCUCAGGUUACAAAAUGUCAAUAUGUAAAAAAGGGUGAAAUGCAAAGUCCUGCAGCGCUACGGGACUGGCGCUAUUAACGCACAGCACAGUUUAGUUGGCAUCAUCAUGGCAAGUAUUGUUUUUCAUGGGACUUUGCUUCUCGCUACGGUCUUUGGGCUGUGAAGCAACUGCUCGUCGAAAAUUCAACCAUUUGAACGAAACAAACAAAACAAACUCUGUGGACCCGGAAACACCAGGGUUUCCUAGCUAAAUCUUCUUCAUAUUUAACUCUGGUUUGCAGAGUAACACAUGAUUGUACUAUGGUGUAUGUUGCUAGAUCGUUACUGCACUGUCCAGGAGGCUUUUAACUUUUACACGGUGGUGAAAUGACCUAGGUUUAUUCUGCUCUCUUCACCCAAUGACUCUAACCCUUUAUAAAGCCAUUUAUAAAGCAAUAAGUCCACUUCGACCCCUGUUAUCUUUCUUUUAACAGUAGGAAUUCUUAUCCUCUUAAGAAAUCAAACUAGUUUGAGUAUCCAUUUGAAUGAUACGGUCCAUGCAAUGUUGGAUUUGUUUGACAGCCCCUAAUGUUGUUUUUAUAUAUUCAAAUAUUUGACAGUUUACUUUCCAUGACUAGGGAGGGUGUAUUACAGUAGCGGUGCUCUUUUCUGAGUUCACCAAGUCAUUUCACUACCAAAUGUAAACCUCUACUGGGUAAUGACGCUUUUUCUUUGUACAUUUUAAGUUAUGUUUCAGCAAGCCGAUAAUAUUUUUUUUGAAGAUUUGCGUUUGUGCGUCUUUAUCUCUUUCUGUCCAUCGGCCUGAUUUAAAUAGAAUGAUUCAACGGCCAGUACAUUUUACCAGUGCCACAAUUUGUGUACAAAAUUGUAUUUUUUUGUUGUUGCAUUCAUAAUGUAUGUGUAUGUACAUAUACAUGUAUGUACUCGGUUUCCUUGUCUUUGCUAGUUCUUUUCUCACUCCAGAUCAACCACUGAACAGCUGAGCGUGUCACGAUAUUCUUAAGCAUUUAAAUGUAAUGGAAAAACAAAAACGUAUGAAUUUUCUAUUUUAUUAAAAAGAGAUUCAGUCACA